ACGUGACCGCGCGGUCAGCUGAUAUAAGUCGGUGUUUUUAUGCUCGGUCAUUGCUGCAGAUCUGUGUUCAAACUUUGCGGUGAAACCAUGCGGGGCUCUACGGUGUUUCUGUUCGUGUUGGCGGCGAUUUUAGCGGCGACGAGCGACGCGUUGAUCCGAAUCCCCUUGAAGAAGUUCCGGUCCAUCCGACGUGAGCUGACUGACUCAGGGAACCAGAUCGAUGAGCUCCAGGCCAAUGGUCGCUCCCUGAAGUACAACCUGGGCUUCCCAUCCGCCGGGCCCACCCCCGAGACCCUGAAGAAUUACCUGGACGCCCAGUAUUAUGGGGACAUCGGCCUGGGGACACCCCCCCAGCCCUUCACCGUGGUCUUCGACACCGGAUCCUCCAACCUCUGGGUUCCGUCGGUCCACUGUUCUCUGACAGACAUCGCCUGCCUUCUUCAUCAUAAAUAUAACUCACAGAAGUCGAGUACAUAUGUGAAGAACGGGACUGCGUUUGCCAUCCAGUACGGAUCAGGAAGUCUGUCCGGAUACCUGAGCCAGGACACGUGCACGAUCGGCGACCUGUCCGUGCAGAAGCAGGUGUUUGGUGAAGCCACCAAGCAGCCGGGCGUGGCCUUCAUCGCCGCCAAGUUCGACGGUAUCCUGGGUAUGGCGUACCCGCGGAUCUCUGUGGAUGGAGUGACGCCAGUGUUCGACAACAUCAUGAACCAGAAGAAGGUGGAGCAGAACGUCUUCUCCUUUUACCUGAACAGGAACCCAGACACAGAACCUGGCGGAGAACUGCUGCUUGGAGGAACCGACCCAAAGUACUACAGCGGAGACUUUAACUACGUGAACAUCAGCCGACAGGCGUACUGGCAGAUCCACAUGGAUGGGAUGGCGGUGGGCGGGCAGCUCAGUCUGUGUAAGGGCGGCUGCGAGGCCAUCGUGGACACAGGGACGUCUCUGAUCACAGGCCCGUCCGCCGAGGUCCGGGCACUGCAGAAAGCCAUCGGAGCCACGCCCCUCAUCCAGGGAGAGUACAUGGUGAACUGUGAUAAGAUCCCGUCGCUGCCUGUCAUCACCUUUAACCUGGGAGGACAGUCGUACACACUGACUGGGGAUCAGUACGUCCUGAAGGAGUCUCAGGCGGGAAAAACCAUCUGUCUGAGUGGCUUCAUGGGCCUGGACAUCCCCGCCCCCGCUGGGCCCUUGUGGAUUCUGGGAGAUGUGUUCAUUGGGCAGUACUACACCGUGUUUGACCGCGACAACAACCGUGUGGGCUUCGCAAAGUCCAAGUGAACAAGGCUCCGCCUCCUGCUGCCGGUGCCACGGGCUCCAGUUACUAGUUGUAGAUGAAUGCACUGAUGUGGAGGGGGUGGAGUCUGAGAAUGACUGGGAUGGAUGAGGGUGGGUGUCAGAGUGGAUCUGAUCUGUCGGGUGAUGUGAUUGAUUAUCAGCUGAUUGUUGUUGUUUUUUCAGCUCAUGCUUUCUUGAAUCAGGGACCUGUUUUAACUCUUUUAGUCGACGUUGGUCCAUCGAUACUGACUCUACAUAUGAUCGACCUGAACAAAUAAACCCUUUUUAAAACAC